AUGGCUUUGGCCAGUGAACCCGCCGUUGCCAAAACGCCUUCUCCGCCCAGCACCAUCCGUACUCCUCAUGCACCUCGGCUAGGGUUUCACGAUAGCUGGGAACCUUACUCCCCUCCGCGCAAGUCGGCAAGACUCUCUUCCCAACGAGCCGCCAACCGAACCCCUUCGCCUCCAGCUUCCCAUCGUCGGCAGCCUGGUUCUCCGCGAACAGUGAAGAAAAGCACUGCUCACACUGGCGCCGCCAUGGUUUCGCCGGUGACGUCCCCUCGCAAGAGGCCACAUCCCGCUCUUGGCUCUCGCCGUCAGGUUUCUGCAUCUUUGACUGCCGAAGGAACUGCUAAUGCUGCCGUCGCGCUUGGUCUCAAUGCGGACAGAGCCGUGCCACACUCGACUACUUCGACUUCGCAAGCUGAUUGCAUGCUACCCACGCCGUCAAAGACACCUCAGAAACCACCCAACGAAAAGACUGCAGCUACUAUUCAAUCUUUUGCUCGAAAUCUUUUCUCCUCGGCGGAAGAAGUCGUGCCGUCUCCUAGGAGGCGGCGUUCUAAGAAAUAUUCUGGAGUUACAAUGGAGAGUUUCACCGCCGAGGAAGAAGAGGAUCCAAUCACCAUUUUCACUGAUUCGAAAGAUCGUAUCCCUGAAAAGGACAACAGCGAAGCAAAUCCCUUUUACGGCAACUCGGUGGCCGAACCAAGUAAGAGACAAAGUCGGCAAAGAGGCGUUAGCAUUCCUGGCGAAGGAAUUCAGUCGAUAGACGAAGCAGCUCGUCGAGAGGAUGGAAUAGUCUAUGUUUUUCGUGGCAAGAAGUUCUUCCGCAAGUUCUCUGAGCCGGACCAUGCUGAAGAGAUCAUUGCUUCCGGCGAUGAUAGUGAAUCACGGCUGAGUCGGCCUCUCACCCGUGCCUCUGUGAAGCCUCGGCUCCUAUUUCCCACGUCAAAGACCACUACAGAGGAGGAUGAAGAGGCCUUGACUGAUGUGGAGGAGGUGAACAUGAUUGACGAACAAGAUCCUCAGACACCCAAGAAGGCGCAUUUGAUUUCAGCAAAGACACCAGAAGCUCCCAAAUAUGCACCCGUUUCUCCUCCCGAUACAAAACGCACAACCCGCUCUACAAACAAGCUCGCGGACACGCCACUGAAGGGGACGACGGGUCGCAAGAGCCCGUUUGACUCGUGGCCUCGAACCAAGGAGCACAAGAGUCAAUCUCCAGCGCCCAAGAGAGCCGGCGAGAGUCUUGCCUCGGGAGUCGCCAAACGAGCGCGUGCUUAG